AUGGACAAGCCUCUAGAAUACCCGCCGCCAGAGCUCAAGCCGCUCAAGCCCUUCAUCCAACGCGCAAACGAGCUGCGCACCGCAGACAGGGUCAUCUCCUACUGGUGCCUCUACUAUGCCGCCCAGCUGGGCAUCGGCGCCAACGCAAAACAACCGGAAUCCAAGCAGUUCCUCUUCAGCCUCCUCGACACCCUCGAGGCGCUCAAGGCCCAGCUCGCCGACAACGACGCCGUCACAAACGACAUCGCAAGCGCAGCCUACGUCGAGAACUUCGCGCUCAAAGUCUUCGUCCAGGCCGACAACCAGGACCGCGCCGGCAGAGCCACUCGCGAGACCGCCAGCAGGUUCCUCGCGGCCAGCCAGCUCCUCGAGCUGCUCAAGGUCUUCAACCAGCUCGAUCCGGACAUGCAGGCCAAGAUCAAGUACGCAAAGGUCAAGGCCACAGACAUCACAAAAGCCCUCAAGGAAGGCCGCAAGCCACACCCGGGCCCCGCCGGCGGCGAUCCCAACGAGGAGGCGGCCAAGUUCGAGGAUGCCAUCGCACGCGGCCUCGAGACCAAAGAGAGCAGGGAGGACGACGACGCCUACCUGGCCCGCGAGAUGGCCAGGCUGACGGCCGAUGCUGCCGGUCCCGCCGUGCCUCAGGCCAUCAGUCCAGCAGACACCGGCGAUGCUAACCCGUUUGACGGCGAAACCCAGAACCGCAAGAGGGCCAUGUCCAAGGCGAGGAUGAGCCUGCACGUCGAAGGCUCUCCGCUCCACUCGCCCAACUUUAGCAAACCGCUCCAACCGCAGCUUCCGGGACGGCCCGACAGCGCCAGCAGCCGCAGUGCGGCCGACGGCAUCACGCCGCCAACGCCUCCCAGCGCCGGCUUUGGAGGCGACGGCGGCGGCCUCAUCCAGAGGCUCUCCUCGCCGCCGGCCGCUGCUCCGGGCCUUCAACCUCUUCCGCCGUCGCAGGAUGCCAGCACAAGGGCGCCCUCCAACGCCUCGGCCGACUUCCUUCCCAUCCCCGCCUCGAGCCAGGCGACUAGCCCGAGCGUGCUGUCCGGCUCGCGGCCUCUACCGGUGCCGCCACACCGGGACGGGCUGCCAAUACCGCCCUCCUCCCACCUCCAGCGCGCCACGAGCGCCGGCGGGAGCGCAUCCUCGUCAUCCCCUUGGCCAGGCUCGACGAACGGCAUGCCUUCCGCUCCCGUCUCGCCAAACUUCCGCAGCACGUCGCAGAUGGCCGACGCGGCCAGCAGCAGCAGCGUCGGUGCAGGGCCUGCCCAGGCUCCCGGCUUCGACAUCUUCCAGCCCUCGUUCCCCGCGACGCCCUUGGCGCCUCCGGCCCCGGUGCCCAGUGCUCCCGGAGCCGACUUGGGGUCGUCCCAUCCAUCCUCGGCACCCAUCGUCCAUUAUGCCUUGGCCCCCUCUGCGCCGCAGCCCAUCGGUGCAACCGCUGCGUCCACAGCCCCCGCCACUGAUGCUGCAUUACCGGCGCCAGCCAAGCUGCCCGAGUCGCUGCCGCUCAAGCUUUCGGUGCGUGCUCAGAAGCUCGCCAAGAGCGCGGCGAGCGCAGUCGACUUCGAGGACCUCGACACGGCAAGGGCGCAGCUCCGCCAGGCGCUCGACAUCCUCGAAGGGAGGGUGGCCGAGUGA